ACACCACCGCAUCACGCAACACACAACCCAACUCUCAUCUCAUCACAACCGCGCGAGCGAGCAGUCACCUGCAGCGCGCGGCGAUCGAUCGAUCGAUGGCGUCCGUGACGACGACGGUGACGACGGGCACGAUGGCGGCGGCGGCGGCGGCGGAGGUUGGGAAGGAGAGGGAGGGGGCGGAGGUGGUGAGCGGGGCGGUGGAGUGCUUCAAGCAGUCGAUGGAGCUGAUGAGGGCGCUGGGUUUCCCGGAGGGGAUGAUGCCGCUGCGGGGGCUGGAGGAGUGCGGGCUGGUGCGGGAGACGGGGUUCGUGUGGAUGCGGCAGAAGGCGCCGUACGAGCACUACUUCCGCGGCACGGGGACGCGGGUGCGGUACGACGUCGAGGUGACGGCGUUCGUGGAGGAAGGGAGGAUGAAGCGGAUGACCGGCGUGCGGCGAGGCAGGCUCAUGCUCUGGGUCCCCAUCGUCGAGAUGAGCCUCGACGGCGCCGACCGCGUCUACUUCAAGUCCAACGUCGGCAUCGGCCGCUCCUUCCCGGCCUCCGCCUUCGCCGACGAGACCGCCGCCGCCGCCGCCUUCUUAAGGAAGCCGACGCCGCCGCCGCCGCCGCCGAGAAAGAAGCCGCCGCCACAGCCACCGCCGUCACGGCCAACGAGUGAUCGAUGACGACCGAUCAUGGUGCUUUGAGAAUUGUAAUCGAGUUGUGACGCGCAAGAAGUCGUGAGUGGUUACGUGCAUGUAUCUUUUCUUCUUUUGUUUUGUUUUUUCGGUUUAUGAUCGGGUCUGCAUAUAUAUGUAAUCACGAUUAAUUUCUGCAUGAAUAAAAUCAAACAAAAUAUUGCGGACGAA